GGCGCUAAUUUCCCAAUCUCUUGUUUACGUUGCUAAGAAACGAAGUUAAUCGUUAGGCUUAACGUAUCUUUCGACGUAGAGUUGAGAAAAACGCAAAAAAUGGAGUCGUAAUCCUCCGAAUCAAUCGGAAAGUAAACCAAAGAAUGGCAAGAGUUGUGCUGAAGUCAUUAGAGGGUGGACCUAAAGCUGUUGUGAUCCCGGCUGGCAAAACUGUCAUCGGACGUGGUCCCUUGUUGGGGUGUGGAGAUAAAAAAGUAUCUCGUAAACAUGCUGUAUUAGAAGUUACUGAAUCUGGAGAUGUUUAUUUAACUCCUAUCCAUGUGAAUCCUUGCUUUUAUCAUCCUAAUUCAGAGAAAACAGCCAAAAUAUUAAAGAAAGAUACUGCACAAAAAUUAGAACCAGGUGAUUCUUUUUCAUUGUUACCAAGGGCAUUUCGUUACCAAGUUAUGAUGGGUGAUUAUCAGAAAGAUGAAGAACAAGAAAACAAAAUACAAAAUAAUAAAGAUGUUGAAUCAGUGCAAGAAAAUGCUGACGAAGAAAUAAAAAUGGAACAAGAAGAGCAAACAGCAGAUGAUUAUGCAACUGAAAAAGUUGAAACUGAAAAAGCUGCAGAUUCUCCAGAAUUGGAAAAUGAUGACGAUGACGACGAUGAUGAUGAUGAAGGUGAUGAUGAUGAUGACGAUGAUGAUAUUAAGGAAGAAUCUGAUACAAUGCAGUUGAAUGGUGAAAAGCAGUGUGCAGAAAAUAAUGCAGCUGAUGAUUCUCAUGUGAUAUUUUCAGAAAAAGAAGAAACUAAAUCUAAACAAAAGAAUACCAAUAAUCAUGGUGAUAACAAGGCAGCAAAGUUGAGUGAAAGGAAACGCACAUUACCAGAUUGGUUACUAAAAUGUGCAAUUUCUCCAAAUAUAGAAACAGCAGAACAAAAGACAACAAAGAGACGUUAUGGUAAAAUUUUAAAUUAUACAUAUAAAUAUGUUUGAUAUUUAUAUUUCACU